UAUUCUCUUUCUCCUUGGUGACUAGAUUUUUUUGUUUUUUUGUUUGUUUUUAAUUUUAUUUAAUUAGAUGAUUUAGAAUAAUUUUCCAUGGUUACAAGACUCAUGAUCCUUCCGCACUCUCCCUCUCCCCCUCCCAUAUCUGACACGCAAUUCCACUGGGUUUAACAUAUACCGUUGAUCAAGACCCAUUUCCUUAUUAAUAUUUGUACUAGGGUGAUCUUUUAAAGUUUACUUUCCCAGGGUGACUAGAUUUUUUGGGGAAAGAUUUCUUAGUUUAUACAUCAUUAUUUUAGCUGACCAAAAUGUCUACUUGCAAAAGUAAAAUAUAUCUGAAAGCAUAUUUUGUUUGCUAGAUUGUGAUUUGGUGGUGGUCUUAACCAUUUAAGAGAUGUGAGUUUUCUUGAUCUGAAGAACAUUGUUAUCUGGGACCUACUGAAUAUUAAGAUGUUAAAGGUUUCUACAGCUUUAUAAAUUGUCUUAAAAUGCAUAUUAAAAGUCUCUUGGAGUAUAAACACAAAUAGACUAAAAAAUUUAGUUUCUAGGAUCAGUGCAAAAAAAAUCAAAAGGUAAGCAGCAUAGUAUUAUUUCCUAAAGGUUAAAUCAGAAUCUUAAACAUGUUAAGUUUUGCAAUCUCAAGAUGUAUAUUGCAUCAGUAUUCAUAGAUUUAAAAGAAUUGAAGAGCCAAAAGGGACCUUAGAGAUUAUGCAGCCUAACUUUUUAAAAAAAUUUUUUAAGCUAUGAAACAGCUAGUUUAUUCUUUCACAGAAAAGUAAAAUCUAAAGAAUAUAUUAUCAAAGAAUGAUUAAAACAAAAAUACAAUAACUCAUCACUGCUAAUACAAUUGGUUAAGUGGCUAAUAUUUAUGCCUUAUGGAAAAUUAAUUUCUUUUUAAGGGCUGAUAAACUGAUGUGAUACAGAUAGCAUUAAUUAAGUAGCAUGUUUCUAAUGAUCUCUAUGUGGAUGAAUCUUUCUCUUUAGCUGGCCUCAUUCUGCUGCUGUUGCUAAUGCAACUGCUUUGAUGGUUACCACAUUGUGUUAUUUAGCUACCUAGAAAUGAAUGAUUCUGCUAUCUACAAGGCCAUGUUCUCCUGUAGAGUGAUGGAUAUCAUUUUACCCUUUAUCUGAUCCUGGCAUAGAUUCACUCUAAUUUUAUUUUAUGGAUAUAGAAAUGAAAGCCUGACUUUUCCAAAACCCCAAAUUGGCCCUGAGAUCUUUUCAUCACAGUCCACUUUGUGAUUUCUACUAAAUUAAAGCAGUAGUUUUCAGACUUUUCCUUAUUUUUGAUUCCUUUUGGAGCAAUGCCUCCAACAUUCUUUUUGUUUUAAAAAAAAAGUAUCAUGAACUUAAACAUUAACACAAAUCUUUCAGUUAUAUCCUGCUUCUGAUACAUACUGGCCCUGUAAGCCUAGGCAAGUUUUUUAAUCUUUCAGUUAACUCUCUGGGACUAUAAAUUUCAGAGAAGGUGCAUUUUGGGAAGGAGUUUCCUAAUCUGGGAGUUUUCAGGAUCAAUAAUUUACAACUGGAAAGGGACCUUAUAGAUCAGAAAACUCAAUCCCUUAAUUUUGCAGUUAAAAGAAAUUGAGAUCAACUUGCCUAGUGUCACACAGCUAAUGUCAGAAUUUGAAUCCAGGUCUUUAUCCCUUUAUAUUAAAUUUAACAUUAUAGUAGCAAAACUACCUUUCUUGUCUAUAUUUCCUUCUGAACUUUUUAUCUUUUUCGUUCUAAACAGUUUAUUUCAUUGACAUCCCUUUCUUGAAUCAAUAUCAUUAUCUAUUGGUCAAUCAAAUGAAUGAAUUAAAAAGCAACAUAUAUUAAGUGCUUAUUAUGUACUAGAUGUUAGUAUUUUCUGGUUAAACAAAAGAAAGUCCUUGCCCUCAAGAAGCUUAUAUUCUUCCAAGGGAAAAUGUAUAUAUAAAGGAAGAGUAAUAUGAUUUAGGAAGUCACUGGUUGGUGAGUGGAACCUCUAGGGAGUGUUCUUUUUAGGAAUAAUAGUGUUGAUUUAGUUAUUGCAAGAGCCAGAUAUGGGGAUUGGGGAGAGAGAAUGGAAGAACUUGGGUAUUGACAUUGCUUGAAGCAAGCCAGUUAUAGAGGCCUCUUAGGUAUGUGGAGCAAGCAGGGCCCCAGGGCAGUAGUGGAGAGCUCAGCAGGUGAGGAGAUAUGGCAUUGACUUGACCAGAGAACAGCAGGCAGCAUAAUGCUUUUGUUCAUUUAUUUUCAGUCAGGUCCAACUCAUUUGGGGUUUUCUUGGCAAAGAUGCUGGAAUGGUUUGCCAUUUCUUUCUCCAGCUCAUUUUUACAGAGGAGGAACGGAGGCAAAUAAGAAACGACUGCAAAAAGAAUUAUUGGCUUUGCAAAAUGACCCUCCUCCAGGGAUGACUUUGAAUGAAAAGAGUGUUCAGAAUUCAAUUACACAGUGGAUUGUAGACAUGGAGGGUGCACCAGGUACUUUAUAUGAAGGGGAGAAAUUUCAACUUCUGUUUAAGUUUAGUAGUCGAUAUCCAUUUGACUCUCCUCAGAGGCGACCACCAGAUAAUUCUUUCUAUGUAAGAACAUGUAACAAGAAUCCAAAGAAAACAAAGUGGUGGUAUCAUGAUGAUACAUGUUGAUGCCACCAUUAUGGACCUCCUAAGCAGAAGAUAGCCCUACUGAGAAAAUGAGCACUUUGAUCAUUCAGUCUUUGAACUUUAACUUUUGACUGGAAGUGACCUAUAUAGGCAAUGAAGACUACUUCCUUUUUUCUGCAUUUUUACUCGUGUGCAUUCUGGGCACGUGUUGAUCGCUGGUUCAGUCCAGGCAACUGACAUGCUUUAUUAGACAUACAGUAUUAAUGCAGGUGUCAGGAAAUGUCAAAAUAAUUCCAUUUUUUUUAUUUUUAUUUUUUAAAGCUUUUGGAAAAUGUCCAGGGCCUCCAUGUAUUGUGCAAUAACAAUGACUUCUUGGCAGUUUUGAGACGUUCAUUGCUGGCAAUGGACAUCAUUAACAGGAAAGGUUUUACUCCUGCCACCAAAUGAUAAAUGCAUGAAAAGGGCCUAUGAAAUGAGCUUUAUCAGUUAUAAUGGGAUUAUAAGUAAAGUGAAGGAUCCAUCAUAACUUUGAAAGUCACCCCAACCAUUUAUAUUUGGAUUCUAUGCACUGUGAUCCUAAGGUUAGCAGCAUGAAUUAACAUGCGUGUCUGUAAAGGACUGUAAUGAAAGAUCAUUGCAUAUUUAUUGAAUUGUUUAUAUGCUGUCAAAUUGUUUUGACAUGAAAGGUUUUCAAGUAACAUUGGCAGAGAGGUACAAUAUGUUAUCCCUAUGGUGAAAAUAAAUACAUUUGUUGUAUAUAGUUACUCAAUCUCUGAAGUAAAGGUAUGAGUAAUAUAGGGUAUGAAUGGUUUAAUCAAGGCUUUAUUUUGGAAGUAAGAAAAAGUGGCAGCAAUCAUUGAAUUGCUGCAGUCCACGAUUGGGCUUAUAAUUUGUAUAUUAAAAGGUUUUUUCAAGUAGAUUACAUUCUGUUACUUCCUGCUAGCCAUCAGCAUGAGCCCUGCUGCCUUCACAUUAUUUCAUUUAAUUUAUAUGUUGAAGAAUCCAUAAACCAUUUUGUUUGCGGUCUCAUUUCUUUUGUUAUAUUGUAAGUCGAGUUUGAAUGUUGCAAUAUUUUAAUUGAAAAACUUUGUCAAAAUAUUUUCUUGUAAAUUUUCUUUAUCUGUAAGCAUCACCUUGUCUUUUAAUCCUGUACUAUAAAGAAAGAAAUACAUUUUUGACAGAGGCGUAAUGUUUUGACAAAAAAGUGUGGACAUUUUUAUUUAAGUUUAAACAGCUAGAGUAUAAGAUGAAAUAUUUUCUUGUCUGUCUCACACAGCUGUAGUUUUUCCUUUUUUUGUGGUGGUUCUUCAGAAGCCUUUGCAUUUAGAUGACUUUUCUACAAAAAAAAAUGUUGAAAGAUAGGUUCAGUUACUGUCACCAAUAUGUAAUUUAAUGAUAUUGCAACUAGAUUCUCUUUUAAGAAAGCACUUGAUGUAUUUUAUAAACUACCUUUAACACGUAUGCAAAAUCAGUUUCUACUACAAUGUUUUUACUAAUGCCUUAUCGUUGCACUCUGAAAAAAUAAAUCCUAUCGUGAAUAUUUGCUUUAAUUUGGACUUUAAAAAAAAGGUAAUUGGCUAAAAGUAUUGAAAUAUUUAUCCCAAAAAACUAAAUCUAGAAUUGGCAAAUGGUAUUCUAAAUACUGUUUUUAAUCUGUGUAUAGUAAUGACAUUUUGUAGCAUUGUACAUACUGUUAAUUGCAUAUAUACACUUUUAAAAAGUGUAACUGCUGAACUCAGGGGUGGGUAGACCUCAUAUUUUUGCUGUAGAAGUGUUGGAUUUAAAAAAAUACGGCCACCAAAUUAUGGCUGUUAUUAACUUAACAACACUGUUAAUUUGCAAGUCUCACUUUUUCUAUUAAAAGUUUGCUUUAGAUCUUAUUUAACAAUUAAAACUGUGUGGUGAAGCUAGAUGUACACAAGUUCUCAACGAUCUUUAUAUACUUCAACCAGUUGGCCUGUUUAGAGCCAAUUAUUUUUAAUGCUUUGGAGCUACUAUAAUUUAGUUUUUAACUACUUUUAAUAUAAAAUUUUGCAGCUGUAAAUUAGUUAAAUUAUGUAUUUUCAUAUUUUAUCUGACUGCUUUAUAGUACUGGGUGACUUGACCAAUCAUUUCCCCAAGAAUCUUUCCAUUCUGCUGGAUUCUUCUGUAUUAGAGAUAUUAUGAAAAUUAUUCACCGAAGGACUUAGCCUUGCCAUAUUGUAGAUUGAGGGGUAAUUUAUGAGCUCAUAGUAGCCCUUUGGUAUAAGCAAUAUUUAGGUAUACUUCUCCAAUUAUAGUCACCAUGAAAUGGUUUAAAGUAUAAAUGGAAAAAAAGUUGUAAAUGACCCACAGUCACAAAUGAAAACUAUGAUUUAAAGAAAGAAUGUGGUAAAAUAGUAAACGAAUAGUCAUGUCAGCCACCCCUUAAUAGCAUGUUGCCAUCUGGUUUAGAAUUUUAUUAUUCCCCAGAAUUAAAAAAUAUGUAAAGAACAAAAACAUUAAUCUUUACAUUUUAUUUGGAAAUGUGGUCGUUGACUUCACAAAUAUUUUGUAUUUACUCUCAUUAUGAAAUGAACUGGUUUACUUACAUAAUUGCCCUAAACUAGGGCUAAAUAAUUGUUUUGUGAUGGAAAAUAAUAGCUACUGAUGUUAGUAUUUUAAUUGCCCAAUAUUUGGAAACUCAUAUCCAGAUGCUGUAACCAGAAUACCAAGAAAAUGUAUAUAAUGUUAAAGAAUUUGCUUUCCUCCUCUUCCACAUUUAUUCUAAGAUAAAGGCACUAUUUUUUGCACAAGCUUAUAGAAAAAAUAAUUUCUUAUUUAGCACAUAUAUUUUUGGAACAUUCUUCUAGGCUUCCAAAUACUUAGCUAGUGCUACUUUCAGCUUAUACAUUAUUUAUGCAUGCUUAAAUCAUGAGCAUGGUACCCUUUCAAAAAUCAGUUCAGAUAUUACAAAUUGGUAUUAUUAGAUGGUAAAAGGUGAGUUUAUACAUUCACCUUCCCAGGAAAGAAAAAGUUUUGGGUGCUGUUCUAUAAGGAUCUAACUUUUGCAACUAUAAAGGAUUUUUUAAUAUGUCAAAGAGUAUAUAGAAAGCUACUUUUUUCUCCUAGAAGAAAAGGCUGAGGUCUUUAAGUAUGAUGUAAAUUUAUCUGGGGAGAAAUGUCUUCCAUUUUCUUGCAUAGAUCAAUAUUUGGCACAAAGAAUAACUAGAACACUUCAUCAGUAAUUCUCUGGGUUUUUUAUAUAUACAAUAACAUAUUUCCAAAGGUUGGAUGCCUAUAUUGGGCAUGUAUUCUUCAGAUUCUAAAAUAGGGAUCCAGUGGCUGCGUAAUUGCUCCCAAACCACACCAAAGAUAAUGGAAUCAGUGAAGGUAUUUGGAAGCAGACUGUCACUGUUCAUGUACAUUUUUAUUACAACUUGUUGCUGAUAUAAAUUUUAAACACCUGUUUCCAAGAAUUAAGACAAAAUUUGUUUGAAUUUCUCACGAAAAAUAGAAGAGCUAAGGAGAGGUAAUGUUUGUUUAAUUUGUUUUAAAUAAAGAAUUCAGUGUCACUAGUCCUAA